AUGAAUUAUACUGCUCGUCGGAGUUACUCUAACUAUAUCACAUCAAAGAUAGUGCCUUUCAAAACUAUCUCAGGGGAAGUAUCUCAUUUACGAUCGUCACAAGUUCAACGAAUUCUUGCACCGCUGGUGGCUUUCGAUGAAAAUGGUGAUAUACCGCUUAGGGAAAGAAAUUCUUCAAGUUUCGUGUCUGCUCGUCCAGUUUCAUCGAACAGUCCUGUGGAAUAUUGCUGUGGUUUAUGUCUAUGGAAUCGAUUGCGACAAGAUUUUUGUCGAAUUUUUAUUCAAUUUUUAUUUUCACAAUUAGGUUUAUUUGUGCUUGUUUGUAUGUAUAUCGUUCUCGGCGGUUUUCUUUUCUAUGGAAUUGAAUCCAAGUAUGAAUUACGAAAGAAUGAACAAAUUAAAAUCAAACAUUUACACGGAAUACAUAAAAUUCGUCAGAUUGCAACCGACGAAUUCAAUUGGAUGUUAAAUGCCUCAUUUGAAUUACGUUAUGCACUUUGGCGUGGAAUGAUCUCGCGAUCAGAUGAAUACGACGAUUAUCGAUGGCGUGUCUACGUGCACAGUGAAAGAUUUGACCGAUUGAUUCAUAACGAACUCGCUCGAAUGCAAGCUGAUGAAGAGAAACUCUCUGAUAAGCAAGAUGAAUCUUCCGCUACUUCAUACGAUCAAAAAUGGACAUUCUCAACAGCCAUGCUUUAUUCUGCAACAGUUAUAACAACAGUGGGGUAUGGAAAUAUCACACCGAAAUCUAUGCUAGGCAAAAUGUUCACGUGUCUCUACGCUAUGCUUGGCAUUCCUAUAACAAUUAUGUAUUUGACCAAUACAAGUGAUCUACUUGUUUUCCUUUUUGUUAAAUAUUAUUCCAUGAUGUACAACUUCUUCCAUCGGUUAAUCAAACGAUUUCGUCGAUGGCGAAGAUCGCACCAGAGAAGACGAUCUGUGGAGAUUGAUGAUGAAGCAGCAGCAGCAGAACAUCGUGUACCAAUUUGGAUAGCAUUCAGCGUUCUUGUUUUAUAUUUAAUAGCUGGUGCUCUUCUGUUUUCUCAUUGGGAAGGAUGGUCGUAUGUCGAUGGUGCUUAUUUUUCGUUUAUCACAUUUACAACCAUUGGCCUAGGUGAUUUAGUUCCUGGCAAAGGAACGUUAACUGAGAACAAAAAUGGUAAAUCGGUUUUAUGUGCACUUUAUCUACUCUUUGGUCUCGCUCUAACAGCAAUGUGUUUCAAAUUGAUGCAAGAUGAUAUAUUCGAAUUGAGGCAACGCAUCUACUCAAAACUGGGAUUUUCGAUGUAUCGAAAUCAAUAUGUUUAUCAUAAUCGACGGCAACAUAUGCAAGCGCGUGCAAGUAGCACGUGA